AAACAGACAGCCAGGAGAGAAAAACAGUGGUUCUCAUAUCAGUUUGUAGUAAAAAAACAGUGGGAGAGACAACUGGGAGAGAGAGAACUGGGAGAGAGAGAGACGGUGGUAUGAACAGAAGAGCAAAGAGAGAUAGAGCUAAACAAAACCUCUUCAAGUUGCAGUAGCAGACAACAACCCCCCUUCCCCAUUAUACUGCUUUACAGCCCACACCACCAGUUUUUAUAAACAUAUAUACACACAACUAAAUUCCUUCAUUCUCUCUCUACAAAUUUGCCCCCACCCUCCUUCAAUUCAAUCUCUUUUUCUACUUUUAUACAUCAGCAUCAUAAUCUCUCUCCAUCUCUCUCUCUACUUUAAAUGGGUUGCCCCUGAUUCAUCAUAAAAUUUCAAGCUUUUGCUACAAUCCAGUUCUUUUUUUCUCUGUUUCUUGAUAUUUAUUAUUCCAGAGACAGGUUUGGUAGUGUCAUAAAUCUUUCUCAAUUUUCUUGUCGGCGCUGCUCAGCAACUUUUUAUAUUUAUUUUUUUACCCUCUUUUUUUGCCAUUGUCUCUGUGCUCUCUGUCCAAUCCUCCCAUGAUUUUUUGCAGAGAAGCUGUCUUAAUUUCAUAACCACUUUAGUUUUCUGAGGGAGAAUUAAGAUCGCUGUACUAUCCAAUCAUCAAAGCUAAGGUGGCUUCUUUACCAAAUGUCAAAGCUUCUUGCACCUGUGCUAGGGGGUGCUGCAGGAGCCGUAGCGUUGGUGGUACUAGUUAUAGUAAUAUUAUGGUUUUGUCUAUGCCAUAAUAGGAAUGUUUCAAGAACUUCUGAUACAGGGUCUUCGGAUCAAUCAAUGCAACUUGGAAGAAACACAUUUGAGCUGACGUUGCGCGAGGCCAAACGUUUUAGCAUGGAAGAAUUGUUUUCGGCUACCAAAGAUUUUAAUGAUAGAAACUUGAUUGGCGAAGGAAAAUUUGGGGAAGUGUACAAGGGGCUGCUUCAUGAUGGGAUGCUUGUAGCUAUAAAAAAACGACCUGGUGCUCCCAGCCAGGAAUUCAUUGAAGAGGUAAGAUAUCUCACUUCUAUUCAGCAUAGGAACCUCGUGAACCUUUUGGGUUACUGCCAGGAAAAUGGUCAACAGAUUCUUGUCUAUGAGUACAUACCGAAUGGAAGUGUAUCUGUUCACUUAUAUGGAGCUGGACAUGUUUCAAAGGAGAAGCUUGAGUUCAAGCAUAGACUUGCAAUAGCUAUAGGAGCAGCUAAAGGUUUGGCUCAUAUCCAUUCUAUAAGCCCUCGUCUGGUACAUAAGGAUUUUAAAACAGCAAAUGUUCUUGUAGAUGAAAAUUUCAUUGCUAAAGUUGCUGAUGCCGGGGUCCGUAACUUUUUAGGAAGAGGUGAUAUUCCAAGCUCAUCCUCUCAAAAGGCAGCAGAUGAGAUGUUCCUAGCCCCAGAGGUGAGGGAGUUCAGACACUUUUCUGACAAGAGUGACGUAUACAGUUUUGGUGUGUUUCUGUUGGAGUUAAUGAGCGGUCAAGAAGCGAUGAAAUUGCUCUCUUCAGAUUCCAACCAAAACCUAGUUGAAUGGGUGCAAAAUUGUCAGGACUCGGGGAAUCUUCCUGCUAUCAUAGAUCAGAGACUAGGUAAUAGAUUCACUACAGAAGGCAUGGAAGAGUAUGUGCAGUUGAUAGUCCGUUGUGUGGAUCCUUCUAGUGAGAGACGUCCUGUCAUGAACUAUGUGGUAACGGAACUAGACCGGAUACUUGAGAAAGAAAUGAACUUGACGACAGUUAUGGGGGAAGGAACCCCAGUUGUCACUCUUGGAAGCCAGCUUUUUAGGGCUAUUAAGUGAAAUCGAAUGGGGGUAUAUGGGGGUUAUUUCUUUGAAUUGUGAAGUUUGUUUGAUGAACACCAGUCACCAAACAUAUAGAGAUGCAGCUAUUCAAGUGUAUAAACAAUUUAGGAUGGCUGUAUCAUUUUUUUGAUUUUUUUUUUCCUUUUACAGUUUAAGAUAUAAAAAUCUUGUCAUAAACAGUUCUUUUUUGUUAAUAUCAGAGUGAAAGUUGAUAUCGUGUAA